UUAUUUGUUUCUGUUUAUAUUCACUUUAGGGGAUUUGCCCUUCUUUGUUAAUUUAUUGUUUUCAAUAUGUAGAACAUUAACAAAGUUCAAAAAGGUCCAAACUAUACAGGAUGUGCUCAGAAGAGCCUCCUGUGCCCUCCACUUCAUUUCUACCUGCUGGAAAAAGCCAGUUUCAUUAGUUUCUGGUUUAUCCUGUGUUUCUUUUGAAACUUUGCAAUACACAUGCAUACAUACACAUAUUACAAAGUAUUUUUAAUUUUUAAUUUAUUUUAAUGGCUUUGGAGGGAGCAUGCACUCUGAGACCCACCGCAGUCCUCAUCCCUCUCUGUUGCCUUUCCUAGUCCACUUUUCUCACUUGCUGCUCCUACCUGGCCCUGCUGAGCUCUCCCCAUAUACCCUGGUAGCUCAGGGGCAGCCCCAGGCUUGCAGGCCAGACUAGGCAGGGACCAAAACCUCAAAAACCCAGCUUCACCUCCUACAGGCAGAUGUCCAUAUUCAAGUUGUAGCCAUAACAGGAAGAGGUGCCUUUUGGACAGAACUCUAGGAAGCAGGUGACCUGGAUUCCAAGUCACACUCAGCUGUGUGAUCUGGGAUACAUUUCUCCCCUCUCUGGACCCCAGUUCUCUCAUCUAAAUAAUGGAGAGUUGGACAGAGGUACUUUGAAUUCCAGCACAAAAUGAGUGCAACCAGGAGGUCUAUGUCCUGGUCUCCACUAUCUAGAUCUGUACAGAUGCUCACUGUGUGCAUGUGAUGGGUUCUGGGGGCACAGGCACAAGUGAGACCAGACAAGGCCACUGCUCUCAUGGAGCUUACAUUCUAGUAAAACAGGCUCUAAACAAAUGCAUGCAUAAACAUGACAUAGAGCAUCAGGGAAAGUGCCAGGAAGGAAACUAAAACAGGGUAAAGGGUCAGCAUGGUGGAAAGGUGGAACAAUUUUAGAAAAGAUGGUCAAUGAAAGCCUCUCUUGAGCAGAGACCUGAAUGAAGUAAGAGCAAGCCAGGAACUGAUCCGAGGGAAAGGUGUUCUGGCAGAAAGAACAGCAAGUGCAAAGAUCCUGAAGUAGAAACUGGUUUGACAGGUAGGAGGAACAGCAAGUCAGCGCCGUGGUGGGAAGUGUGGUAGGCACGAAGGAGGAAGGUGAGCUUAGAGAGGUGAGGAGAAGGCAGAUAAGGAGGCCAGCUCAUGUCACAGAGGAGCUGAGAUUCUAUUCUGACGAUAGGGAGCCCUUGGAAGAAUGAAAGCAGGAUCAUGCCCCCAUCUGAUCGGUUUUUAAAGGGAUCCCCUUUAGCCCACUCUGUGUGGAGAGUGGCGGUGUGCCAGCUAAGAUACAGUCAGCAAAACAGAAAUUACCCUAGGUAUUCCAGACAAGGGGAAUUUGAGGCAGGGAAAGAAGUGAACUUCCAAAUGGGAGAUGAUGGGGCAAUCCAAUGAUGAGCAGCAGCAGGAAGCCACUACCACCAUAAGGCUGGAGGGAUAAUGGAAGGAAAUGGUGCUCUGAUGCCCAGAGGCUAGGGUCACCCGCAGGAGCUAGAGACACAGAGGGGGCUGCCUCAAGGGAGCCCCAGGCUGAGCAUGAGAGGAGAAAUAUCCUAACUUCUUCCCUCCUCCUACCCUCCAGUCUGAUGCUGAUAACUUGCAUUGCUGAACAUGCCCAAGUCAGUUGGCAAAGGAACCUGGGAAGUACAGUUCCCAGGAGGGCAGAGUAACUCUGGGAAGGAGUGGGGAAUGGGUCUGAGGGCUAACAGGCAAAUGACCAGCACGAGGUGCAGGAGCAAAGAAAGCUGAAAUGGCCCAGGUGAGAGGUGGUGAUGGCUGGGACGAGAGUAGUGGUGUGGUGGUGAGGAAUGGCUGUAUUCCAGAGAUCUUGGUGGACUGGAUAUGGGGUGAUGAGAAAGGGAGACAUCCUGAAAUGGAGUUUUACUAGGAUGGAGAAAACCCUGGGAGGAGCAGAUUGUCGAGGGCUCAUGAGUCAUGGUUACGUUUCAGACAGAGGAGGUUUGGGGUGCCAAUUAGUCAACGUACUGAGGGAGAUGUUGAAGAGGCAGCUGGAUACCCAAGUCUGAGAUUCAAGGAGAAGGAAGGAGCUUCAGAUAGAAAUGCAAGCUAUCAGGGGUUUUGCCAUGGGAUCGGGUGACUUCACCUGGGGGCACCACUGGUUACAUGGCUUUCCCUGAGUCGACCACCCUGGGGUGGGGACAGAUGUCACAGACUCAUUGGCCAGGGCUGGGGUUUGUGCCUAAUCAGGAAAAUGGAGGGUGGGAAUCUUGUUCACUAAAACUGCAUAUCCUGAAAAUUGGAGAGGUGUGGUUUGCCAUUCUGUGCCACGUUAAUAUUAGCUGAGCACCUAUUAUGUGCCAUGUCCUAUGAUUUUCCUUCACUUUUCCCAGACUCCUUUCUUUCUGAGAGAACUGGCCCUCCUGGGGGCCAGAGUAUACCUAAGGCUCUCCCUGCUCCAGCUCUUGCUUCACUGGUGCCUCAGUUUCCCUCCAGUACAAGGGCUAAAUAAUGAUUACCCUAACUGAUGAGGUGUAUUAGAUGGGGGCCACUUCCCACCACUGGGAAAGGUAGAGCAGAGUCUGGCUGACUCCAAAGCCCACACUCUAACCAUCUCAGCCUGGGCUCCUGGCCAUGCCUACUCUGUCCCCAGCCCCCACCGCCCAGGAGCACCCGCAGGCUCUUCCACAGCAGAGCCUCCAGCCUCCAGCUGGCAGCUGCUAGGACCCAGGGGGCUGGCGCCAGGCCCUGCCCCUCCCUUGCCAGCCCUGUGUGUCUCCAAAGGGCAACAUCAGAGUGACAGCCAGUACCAUCUCCGACAGGGGCUGAGUGCUGGAGCUGGGCUGGGAGAGAGCUGGCAGGCUCAGCCUUGCACACUUCAUGGGGCUGGCCGAGCCCCCAAGAUGAUGGCAGCCUGGGUGUCGGAGUCACCCCCUGGGCAGCCAAUGAGCACAGGGUGAAGCCUGAGCUUUCCAAUGGCCAACACCACAGAGCUGAACGUCUCAGAAGUUGCGAGCUCCAUCCGGUUGAUCCUGGCGGCUGUCGUGGAAGUGGGGGCACUGCUGGGCAACGGCGCAGUGCUGGUCGUGGUGCUGCGCACGCCAGGACUGCGUGACGCGCUCUACCUGGUGCACCUGUGCGUCGUGGACCUGCUGGCGGCCGCCUCCAUCAUGCCGCUGGGCCUGGUGGCCGCGCCACCGCCCGGGCUGGGCCGCGUUCGCCUGGGACCCGCGUCGUGCCGCGCCGCGCGCUUCCUCUCCGCUGCGCUGCUGCCCGCCUGCACGCUCGGCGUGGCCGCACUUGGCCUAGCGCGCUACCGCCUCAUAGUGCACCCGCUGCGGCCGGGCUCGCGGCCGCCGCCGGUGCUCGUGCUCACCACCGUGUGGGCCGCCGCCGGGCUGCUGGGCGCGCUCUCCUUGCUCGGGCCGCCGCCCGCACCGCCCCCUGCUCCGGCUCGCUGCUCCGUCCUGGCCGGGGGCCUCGGGCCCUUCCGACCGCUCUGGGCACUGCUGGCCUUCGCGCUGCCCGCCCUGCUACUGCUCGGCGCCUACGGCAGCAUCUUCGUUGUGGCGCGCCGCGCUGCCCUUCGCCCCCCGCGGCCCGCGCGCGGGGCCCGGCUACGCUCCGACUCUCUGGAUAGCCGCCUGUCCAUCCUGCCGCCCCUCCGGCCUCACUUGCCGGGGGGCAAAGCGGCCCUGGCCCCGGGGCUGGCCGUGGGCCAAUUUGCAGCCUGCUGGCUGCCUUAUGGCUGCGCGUGCCUGGCGCCCGCAGCGCGGGCCGCAGAGGCGGAGGCAGCUGUCACCUGGGUAGCCUACACAGCCUUCGCGGCUCACCCCUUCCUGUAUGGCCUCCUGCAGCGCCCGGUGCGCUUGGCUUUGGGCCGCCUGACCCGCCGCGCGCUGCCUCGGCCCCCGCGGGCUUGUGCUCCGCAGGCCUGGCACCCGCGGGCACUCCUGAAGUGCCUCCAGGGACACCCAGAGGGCCCUGCCUUAGGCCCUUCUGAGGCACCAGAACGGCCCCCGGAGUUGGCAGGAGGGCGGAGCCUGAGUAUGCCAGGGGCCACCUGAGAGCUCUCUCCUGAGCUGGAGAAAGGAGGGUGGUAUCAGAGGGGGGCCCAACCAGCCCCUGCACAGGGGCAACAGCUGCCUGCCAGGACUCCUGGCUCUGGAACGGGAGAAAGGGUGCCUGCAGCCUGGUGAGGCCCACGGCUUCUGAAAGCCAGGAAUCCUGGGUUCUGGGCCCAACACUGCAUGGUCUUGUGCACAGACCGACACUUCCUUAGGCCUCAGUUUUCCCGUCUGUGCACUGCACCAUCUCUAAGGGCCCAUCCAGCACAGAUGGUUUGUGAAACUCAUGGAUGGGCCCCCAGGCCAAGGGAAGAGAGAAAGUGGGCAGGGCCACAGAGAAGAUAGCUCUAAGGGCUCACAAAGUGAUAGGCCAAGUAGAGCAGGGGCUGGGUUAUAACCACAGCCGGAGGAAUCAGUGGAGAGACUCAGAAGGACUUCUCUGACAUCUGCGCCAUGGAGAGGCUGGACAAAGCUACUGAAACUCCUCCAUUUGCUUCUAAAAUGCCCAGAAACAACUGGAUCAGUCUGGUGCUAGAAGCAAGAGGCUGGAUGACUUGACCUGCACAGGGCCCUGAAGCUCCAGAACUGGUGUGGAAGGGGCUGAGGUCCAACUGGGGUUGGUGGAGUCACAGAUGGAGGUCCUCUAGGCCCAGAUGCACCCAUUUUCUGGAGAUUUUCCUAUCCCCAACACCAGAAUUUCACAACUUCCUGGUCGCUGAGAAUAUUUAUUCAAAAACAGGGAUUGAAAAAACUGUA